GAGGAUGGGGAUGGUCGGGGGCUGGGUGAAAAGGAGGCGAAGCGUGAGCUUCACUCUUCUCUGUUCUGGGUCCUGAAGACCUGCAGCCUUGUGCAGAAGUGCGCAGGGCAUCUGUGAUGAUGACCCAGUCUCAUGGGGUGGGUGGCUGCGGUCUUGGCUGGAGGCAGGAGGAUCCGCCUACCACCUCCCCACCUCUUGAGUAUGGUGGGUCUGAUAAACCCCACCCAGAACUUCUGCUCCAGUUAUUAGCUCCAAUGACUUUGUGUUGGAUAGCUGAAGCUGCAGACAGCAAUGAGGGGAGUCUUGGGGAUCAGGCUAUGGACAGCAAUCAUGAGGGGAGCCUUUGGGACCAGGCUGUGGACAGGAAUCAGGAGGGGAGUCUUGGGGACCAGGCUACAGACAGUGUUUGAGGGGGUUUAGGGUAUUUUUGGUCUAAAGCAUCACCUUCAGCUCCCUAACAACCCUCUAUACAAAAGGGUUUGUAUAAAGGAUUGUUUGGCUUGGGGCUUCACCCCAGCUCCUGUCAUAAGCUCCCUCCCCUGGGAGUUACCUCAGUCCAAACUCCCCCUCCAAGAAAGCCUGCCAAAUGGUGCUGCCUCCCAGGAGGGUCAAGAAAGCCCUCCAAAGGGUAUCCCCUCCUCAGGGAAAGUUGAGCCCACUCCCACAGACUAUUUAAAGUGCCCCCCAAAGAAUGAACAUGUGGUCUCUGUGUUUUGUGUGGUCUCCCCUUUUCUCUCUCUUCCCCUUUGCAUAUUUUUCUGGGGCUACCUGGGAGUUUUCUCAUCUAUUAAAAAUGGGCAUCUUUUAAUUUGGUUUGAUUCAGUUUGAUUGGGAUUAUUUCCAUUGGCAGAGAGGUUCCUCUAAGAGAAAAUACUUAACAGGGUCUGGCUGAAGUCAGUCAGGAUUUGGUCUUAGAGUGCAGACACAUAGAUGUGGCCCAGCUGGAGAUGGAUGGAAAAUGAAUAUGUCCAGAUAGGGGGACAGCGGGGACAGAGGGACAACUAAACUGGUUGCAGGGCUGCCUGUUAGAGCCAGUGGGAGGUCACAGGCCAGCAAAGCAGAAGGCUGUGUGGCCAUUGAAGGUGGGAAUGGAGCUUAAAAUGAAGUCUUUGGGGGUGGCUUUUUGUAUUUUUAAUGAUUGAGACAAAAGUUGUCUGAAACUACGGUUUCUGGACAGACUCCUUUAACUUGGCCAACCUGGGACUAGGACUUAACCUCAGCUUGGACUUGCACGGAUCAGGAGAAGAGAAGCUUGGAAGAAUACUGUUCCUGAGGAGGGGAGAAGACAGGGUGGACAGCUUUAGGAGGCUUACUCUGGAACUUGCUGGGGAGUGGGCACUGUGCUGUUGAUUAGAACAGGUUCCUGGGCCUCUCUUGCCUCUGCUAGACACCAAGACCAGCACACUUUAACACCGCCCUCCACACUCUGAGUGAUUUUGCUUUGUGAGAGGUCAGAAUGCUGUCCUGGCAGUUAGUGGCCACCCACACUGAGGCAGUUAGAGUCGUAUAAACUGUUUCCUGGUGGGAGAUGGCACAUCCCGGCCUACUGCACGGUGGCCUCCGGAAGCAUGAAGGUGGUGUUUCUGGCGGCCGCUCUUCUUGCUUUGGUUUCUAUGUCCCAGGUCCAGGCCCUGUGGCUGGGAAGGCUGGAUCCUAAGCAGUUCCUUGGGCCCUGGUACAUCCUGGCAAUGGCCUCCCGUGCCAAGGACUUCAUGGUGGAGAAGGACAUGAAGAAUGUAGAAGGCGUCCUGGUGACUCUCACUCCGGACAACAAGCUGAGAGUUCUGUCUUCCCGGCAGGGGCCAGAUGGUUGUCGUCAGAGCACGGUGGAGCUGCUGAAGCAGAAUUCUCGAUGGGUGUUUGAGAACCCCUCUAUUGGCGUGCUGGAUUAUCGGGUGCUGGGCACUAACUUCAAGGACUACGCUGUCGUCUUCACACAGCUGGAGUUUGGGGAUGAGGCUUUCAACACAGUGGAGCUGUACAGUCGGACAGAGGUGGCUAGCUAUGAGGCCAUGAAGCUGUUCACCAAAUGGAGCCAGGGUCUGGGUUUCCGGGCCCAACAGCAGGCCCAGUUGCGGAAGGACUUCACGUGUGCACACAAGAUCCUCCAGUGACGCCCCGCCCCGGAGAUAGCAUCACAUCCUCACAUCCUGGUGGAGGUGGACAGGCACUGUCUUUACUCCGCGGCUAGUGGUGCUGGGUGUUGGUUCUCUGCUCCCCUAGGCUCAGGCUGUGGUUGAAAAUAAAGCGAC